CAAUAAAUCACAUAUCAUUUCAGUGGGGAGCAAACACGAGGAAGGAGAAAGAAUACAAGUUGAUAGUUUUCACGCAUAAAAACGAACGACAAUAAAGCAAAUCAUCGACUCUCACAGGAGACUCAGAGGUUGGUGAAGGAGACGCAAGAGGCGAGGAAGAGAAUGGUAAGCAUCGGAGAACCAGAUGAUUUGUAAGAAGUACUUACUGUCUGAGGUCGUGGAUGGGGUAGCCUUCGAUUCACCUUCUGCCCCAUGUAGAGACGACCUUGUUAAGGAAGUCAACCAUUUCUUAUUUGUGUUCAGCAACUAAUGAAGCAUUUGAUCAAACAUUGCUUGAAUGAACAGAAGUUAACAUAUAUAUCACUUCAACUGCUCUUGAUUUGACUCUGAAGAAUCCAACGCAGUAGUAGCAGUAGAACCUGGUAUUGGAGCUGCUGGUGUGAAUGGGGUCGCCGGCGCGGGAUUGGCGGGCGUUGACGGUGUUGCCGGAGUCGUCGGUGAUGCUGUCGGAGAUUUUGCCAGUCCACCGGCCACAGCUACCACAGCCAUCGACUGUUUAGUCCAUGUAGUGAUGAUGAUACCGAGACCCUCGAGUUGGGAGUAUACGAAUGUCUGUGGACGUUGAUGGAGUGCUCACUAUUGCACUCGCUGACAGGUAGUGUUUGGACCUUGCAAGCUCCGGGCAAGGCCAAGGCGCGGGUCUGGUUGUUGGUGACCCCGAGAGAGGAGGCGCCGCCGUUGAGCACCGAGCAGAGGCACGCCGGCUGCGACUGGACGACGCUGGCGAGCUGAGAGCAGCAGGUGGAGGAGGGCGUGGACGUGUUGCCGGUGAUGUAGUUGAGGCAAGGCGCAAGGCUAAUGAACGCGGUGGUUCAGCCCGACUGCGCCGAAACGAGCCCCAGGAGCAGCAUUGUCACCAAUGCUAACGCCAGGCCGAUCACCGGGACUUUCUUAGCCACGUCGUUCGCUCGCCGGAAAUGCCUCGAAGUUAAAGGAUCAGAUCGACGGAGUGUAACUUGGGCUCUUUGAAUGAGAAUUAUUAGCUUUCAAAUCAAGCAAAAUUGUGUCAGUAUAGCAAAUAUCAAGUGUGCAAUCCAAUAAAGACACAAAUCCGACUUGAAAUGGAGGGGAUAUGUCCGAUGUCACAUACGACGCAAUAUAAAUGAUUAAAUUACGAUCAUAGGAGCUCAACCACAUCAGAUGGGCGGUCCAGAUCUUCUAAUUCGAAUCCCAUUUCCCGGCAUGGUGGUUAUUAAUUCGUAACUACCAUCAUAUCAUUUCAGAUCAAGAUAUUAUCGACAGAUCAAGAUAGCACCCGAUCCGGAGGUCGAGAUGAACCGCACCGUCGCCGUCGCCCUCGCUCUCGCCGUGGCGGCGAUCGCCCUUAUCGUCGCCGCUCGGUCGCCUCCUGCCCCGAUCGGCUGCUUCGAGGAGCUGGUAGCCGCGUCCGCCUGCCUCCCCCACGUGGCGGCGCUACCCGAGGAAGCCCGAGCACCGCCGGCGCCCUCCGCCGCAUGCUGCAAGGCCGUCCUCGCAGCGGUCCUCGGCGCCGACGGCGGCCCGCCCUGCCUCUGCCACCUGAUCCGCCGCCCCGGCCUCUUCGGCUUCCCCGUGAACGCGUCCCGAAUCGCCGCGCUCUUCUCCUCCUGCAGCGCUUUCGGGCCCCCCCGUCGCCGCCGAUUCCUUUACGGCAUUCUGCCGAGAAGCCCGAGCUUUGCCGCCGCUUCGCAGCAACACAAGCACUACACUGACCGAGCCAGGUAGCGGCGACGCCUUAACUCCACCCCACGACGAACCGGGCCGGGUUUCCGGCCCAGAUGUCGUGGUGUCUCACCCGACUUCUGCAUCCGCCCAAGUGCCGGUCUGCAGCCUCGGAGGCCUGCUUCUAGUGGCGACCGUCUCUUUCCUCCUCACCGGCUAUAUCUGCUGCUAUUGAUCGGGACGCAACACAGAACAGCAAUGUUGUUGUGUCUAUAGUGUCAGCUUGCUGCAGCAAAUGCAGACCUCGGCUUCUUCAUCUGCAAGUCUUGGACAGUGACGGGACAUAGAACCAUUACACCAGAGGA